UUUGCGCUACGCUUGAUGCCAGCUCUGCGUGCCCGCUGUCUUUGCGAAGGAAUGUGGCUGCUUUCCUUGUGUCGGGAUGGAUGUUUGACAGAUGUUUUGAGAAAAAGAUGCAGGUCCCCCUCCUCAUUACAGAGCAAUGACGAUGUUCUUGAUUCCCACCACUGAUGACCAAGAAGGAACAUCCAGUCAGAUUUAACAGAAGUCAAACUUGAUCCAUAAUAAUUUGUUUGACCUCUUUCUAAACAUGGAGCCCUAACUUCUCAGCUAUAAGGACACGGUUCUACACUGCUCCUUCUGUUCUUACAAAAGGAAUCUCAUUAAGUGGCGUCUCAGUGAUUUUACUCCCCUCUACGCCUCCUGAGACCUCAAAAAUGUUUUCAGCUUUGAAGAAACUGGUGGGAUCUGAGCCGGGGCAGCUCCGGGAGAAAACCAUUCCAGCAGGACUGCAGUCAAUGAACCAAAGUUUGCAAAGGCGCUUCGCCAAAGGGGUCCAAUAUAACAUGAAAAUAGUCAUCCGAGGAGACAGAAAUACUGGGAAGAGUACUUUAUGGCACCGACUGCAGGGGAAGAAGUUUGUGGAGGAGUACUUACCCACUCAGGAGAUCCAGGUCACAAGUAUUCACUGGAAUUACAAAACCACUGAUGACAUAGUGAAGGUGGAGGUGUGGGACGUGGUGGACAAAGGAAAAGGCAAACGGCGCGGAGACAACUUGAAACUGGAGAAUGAGCCGCAAGAGUCAGAUGAGGUGGCCCUGGAUGCAGAGUUCCUGGAUGUGUACAAGAACUGCAAUGGUGUCAUCAUGAUGUUUGACAUAACAAAGCAGUGGACUUUCAAUUACAUCCUGAGAGAACUGCCUAAAGUACCCACCCAUGUUCCGGUUUGUGUCCUGGGAAACCACAGGGACAUGGGGGAACAUCGUGUCAUUCUCCCCGAUGAUAUAAGAGACUUUAUUGCAGGACUAAACAGACCAAUGGGAUCAUCCUACAUCCACUAUGCUGAGUCUUCUAUGAAGAAUGGUUUUGGGUUGAAGUAUCUGCACAGGUUUUUCAAUAUCCCCUUCCUACAGCUGCAGAGAGAGACCCUCCUGAGACAACUGGAGACCAACCAGCUGGACAUGGAUGCCACCCUGGAGGAGCUUACUGUCCAGCAGGAGACUGAAGACCAGAACUAUGAGAUCUUCUUGGAGAACUUGGAGUCUCGCAGUAAAGGCUACGCCUCCCCUGGUCCAGCCAACGGUCAGAGCCCCUCCUCUGGCUCCCAGUCCCCAAUCGUUCCCCCCAGCGGUGCUUCCACUGGCAGCUCCAGCCCCAGCACUCCACAGCCUCCGCUACCCUCCCAGAUGCUUCCUCAGUCUCCGUCUGUAUCUGCGUCUUCCCCUGCACCCCCUACUGCAGUGGCUAGUGGGGCGACCUCCCCUAUGGCUGAGGCGAAACUUCCACUUCAAUCACCUGAACACCAGCAAUCAUCAGCUGCGCCUGGGGUCUCAGGCCCCCAGAAACGCGGUUUCAUCUCCCGCUGGUUUGGUUCAUCUCCUGCUACUGAGGCCCCUGCUGCUGCACCAGAAGACCCUCCUGCCCCCGUGUGUCCCGCUAAGGUGCAGAGUGUGGAUGAUUUUGUGCCAGAUGAAAGGUUGGACAAGAGUUUCCUGGAAGACGGUGUCCCAUCUAAGAGCAAGGUUCCCCAACCCGCCCCGGCUGCAGCUGUGGACAGCGACAGUGAUGGAGAAAACCGAGGAAACCCGAUGGUCUCCGGCUACCAGGAUGAGCUGGAUCCCGACGACAGCGAGCCCAGCCUCCCCCAGGUGAAGGCCCAGCCCCACAGUAAGGACAUCUCUCUGACCAGCGAUGAGGAGGAGGCUGAGCAGGGGGCCCCCACAGUCACACAGGACCAGGACUGGGACAGUGAACCUGAUCUGAAAGCGCCAGUUAUUCAGCUCACAAAACCAAAGGUGACGUCUCAAGUUCCUGAGCUCAAAGUCCAGACCACAGCACCAAUCUCCCUGACCCUUACUCCAGCUGCGGAGCCCCCGGCUCGACAGCAGGCCCGGAAAAAGGGAAGCACACCCAGAGCAGAGGACUCUGAUACAGACCCCGAGGCUCCCGUGGCCCAGCAGAUGCUCUCUUUUGUCAUGGAUGACCCGGACUUUGAGUCGGAAGCAUCAGACACCCCGAAAAUCGCAAAGGACACCUUUCCGGUCAGAGAUGAGCUUCUGUCCGACCUCUCUGACGAGGACACGCAGUUAUCCAAGGUUCUAGUUCCGCUGAAGCCCACUGUGAUUUCCUUCAAACCCAAGGAUGAUGCUGACCUGUUUGGCCUGGGGAUCCAAGAAGAACCUCGAGCAGCAAAGGACAGCAGUGAGGACCAGGAAGAAAAAGAAAGCAAGCAGUCCAAAGAGAAGAAGAAAAAGAAGAAGAAAAGCAAGGAGGUACUGGUGUUAUACUGGUAGUAUAGAUUAUCUGAUGUAUAUCUGAGUUCAUCCUCACACAUCUAGCUGUAUUUUUGAUCAACACUAGUGGCUGCCAAUAUUGUGACUAAAAUUAUUGUUGCUCUGGUGGAGGUAUGGAAUCACAAUAAGCAACAAAUAUUUCCUCCAGGUUUCACACCAACCCAUCCAGACAGACUUUGUUUCAAUUAAAUUUAAUUCACUGAAAAAUACUUCAGUGUUGAUGCUGCGGGCUGUAACACAACAGAUCUGAUUACGACAGGUUUCUGUCAUAUGGAGGAGGAUGCUCCAGCUCUGUGGUCAUUUCUUGUAAUAUAGCUAAUUUCUGAAGUUUCUACUUGUGUCUUCUGCUGUUUUUGACAUAAUAAAACAGGUUGAAAUAUGUUAACGUUAUCAGAGGAAUCCAGCAAGGUAAUCCUCAGUGUGCUGCUUGCUUUGGCUGGUCGACAGAGCUCAGGUUCCCCGUGACGAUCCAUAGAGAAGGCGGUUCCACCUUCCUCUGCCUCCCUUUCUACACAUCUGGGAUCUGUGGCUGUAGUUCAGGCAUACUUUUAGCUUUUCAGAUGCCAUUAAGAUGCUCCCUGUUAUAAAAAGAAGUCCACACUGGUAUGGUUAUAUAACAUUUACAAAGCAUCCAACCCCAGAAAAAAAAUCUUAAAAAAACGUGUCUAACAAGGAAAUAUAGGAAGAAAGGUCAGAGAAUCUGCCUAAUUUGUUGAUGAGGAAAGAGAUCAUAUUUUACAUAAUCAUGAUGUGUCCUCCACAUUUUUCAACAUAAGUUGUAAUGUUCUGUUUUUAGUAUCCAACAUUAUGCUGAUGAUGCUGAUCAUUAUUUAUAAAUUGACCUGGCUGAAGCUAGUUUCUGAAGAUACCGGCUUUUGAAUGUUGGUUGGGAUAAGGAUUAGAAAGAGUCGCCGUCUUUAUAUUGUUAAAAACUUUUUUUUUUUGUGAAUGUCAUGCCUUGUACACAGGAGGAGGAGAAGAGCAAGAAGAAACACAAACACAAGAAAAAGGAAAAAGAUGAAGCGGCAGCGGUAGACGACAAGGAGAAAAAGAAGAAGAAAUCUCGCUCAAAGAAAACGGAGGUGGACGAGUUGGAGGACUUUCUGGGUGGAGGCACCGGCUCCGUCAAAAGAGACGAUGGGGAUUAUGAAGAGCUAUAAAAGCUGCUGCUUGUUUGAAUCCCAGGAGAACAGCAAGGACUAUGGUCUGUUAUUACAAAAAAAGAAGAAUCAAAACUAAAAGGUUACCUUGUGUAUGCAUAAAACAGCGUUACAAGCCAUACCCUCCACUGAAACCCACCAACCACAGCAGGAUCUGGAAACCUGGGAUUCUGACUCCCAGCUUUCAUUUCCACUCCAACCAAUAAGAAGCCCCAGGAGGAGUCAUGUGUACUGUAAUGAAUCUUACUAUAACUGGUAUGAAGACAGGCAAGCUCUUUGUACUUCUUUGAUUCGAGCUUUUCUUUGCUUUGAUACUCUGUGAUGCACUCCCAAUGAGCUGCUGUAAAUAGGAUCAUGAUUUCCUCUGAAUGUUUGUGCGGCUGAUGUAGUGCUUGUGAGCAUGCUCAAAGUGACGACUGACUCCUUAAAGACUCCAUCGUGUCCUUUUUCUUUCGACUUAGUUUCGGUGGGAAAUAUCAGAAUUAACUUUGGUGAUUAUCUUUAUUGGGGAGAUUUUUACACUUUGUCUUUGUCUCCACUAAGCUGUUCUUUCAUUAUUGCUAAUGCUUUGCAGAAAUUUAUCAAAUCUUUUUGUUUAAAUUUCAUAAAUGAAGCCACAUCAGUUAUCUGUAGGCUUUUGUUUUGUGCUGAUUGUGGUCAUGAUAAUUAACCAACCUUCCACACACCAGAAGACUAAGAGCUGGAAACUAGUCACUAGGGCUACACCGAUGAAUUCGUCCCGAUUUCCUUCAUUUUGGGAGAUCAGUGAUCGGUGGAUGCUUACUUGUAAAGCUGAUCUUUUCCACUGAUCUGACCUACUGUACCUCAAAACCUAGUCAGCCAAUGUCCUCUUCUGUUCUUCUUUGAUAGACCGAGCCGCCCACCAGGUCACGUCUGCACAUUCAGUUAAUGGUGACCCUACUGUUACCAACUGAAUGAUUUUAUUACUACGUUUAGCAAACAUUUCAGUGAAAAUAAAAUCAAUAUCGGCCUACUUCAGAAUCGACGGGUGAGGCUUUUUAAAGACUAGUAAUUGUCCAGUUACUGCAAUCAGUUCACCCGUACUAAUCUCACUAUUAUGGUCAGAAAACAAAUAAUCUGCUACUAAGUGAAGAUAAAAGCUCAUUGAUAUUGAGUUGAGUCUAAACCCAGGAUGAGGUUCCAUGUGUGUUUUAUUCCUCCGCUGUUCUCUGCGUUUGCCUUAAGCAGGGUCACAGCUGAGGGAAAGACGAGCAGCCGUCCCCAUCAAGUGUUCUUACUGUAAACCAUGUAGCUCAGUCUGCUUUAAAUGUCCCAGGAUGUCCUGCAUCCUGGAAGCCUGUCGUCAGAUCGGGGUGAAUCUUUACAUUUGUUGUCUUUGGUUGUAGAAGAAUUGAUAUGAAUAUUACUCUAUAAUUGUACCACGUCUUGGUUUUCUUUUUGUUGUUCUGUUGUGCCCUUUAUUUAUUGUUUUUGUUGCAAAAAUGUCUUGGUUUCUCCUGGUGUGCUUUGUGUGUCCAGACUGUCCAGUCAGACCCAUCAUGCAGCUCUCUGUAUGGCUCACAGCUCGUCUACUUCUAUGACCUUUCACCUGUAACACAGUCGGCUGUUUACUUCAACUGCUUUUUAAAGCUGCAGUAUGUAACUUUUAGAAAAAGUUACAUACAAAGUUACAAACUUUUAGAAAAAGUUACAUACAAAUUUGUUGAAACUGUCACAAUGUCGUGAUCUCUGUCGUCUCCUUGCGCUAACCAGAAAAAAACAAUCAGAACCAGGAGGAGGGUCUUAGCGCUGUCAAUCACUCUGUGCUGUAUAGUAUAUCCUGUUGUGAAUGAUCAGGCUAGUUGGCACAGCCACCAAUGACAGCAGAUAAACAGUUUUCCUGUAACCGUGAGUUCUUUCUCCACCAUUAGCACAUUUAACAGUGAGCAU